GUGGUGAACACAUCAGAUUUUUUAAUAUUAAUAAUAAGGUUAUAAUUUUUUCUCUCUCUGUAGAUGAUUUCAUCUAAUCCUUUGCUGGCAGAUAAUCCAGUUCUUCAACAGCAAAUGCGAAAUAUGUUACCACAGUUCAUGUCUCAAUUGCAAAAUCCUGAAUUGCAAAGUAUUCUUUCAAAUCCAGCGGCCAUUCAGGCUAUGAUGCAGAUACAUCAAGGAUUGUCACAGCUUCAACAAAUAGCUCCAAAUAUGUUUAACGUGGGUGUUCCACCAACAACUACGUCUGGUACAACAGCAAAUACUUCUGCACCUACUGGUACUACUACUACAUCCUCAGUUCCAACAACAACAACUACCACCACUACUGGGCCAAAUCCUAGUUCUACAACUCCUCCAUCUAAUAUGAGCAGUCCUGAAGCUUUUACUCAGUUAAUGGCAAACAUGCUAUCAUCUAUGGCCAUCAGUGACUCGCAACCUCCAGAAGAGCGAUAUCGUUCCCAGUUAGAACAGUUGGCAAGCAUGGGUUUUGUAAAUCGAGAGGCCAAUCUUCAAGCCCUUAUCACUACUUUUGGAGACAUCAGUGCAGCUGUAGAAAGGCUGUUGCAGUCUCAUCAGUUCAACCCAGCGUAAAAAGUUUUAUGUAAACUUAGUUCUACAGAUUGUUCUGGACCAACCCUAAAAAUGUUGCAUUAGUCUUUCUUUAAAAAGGGAAAAUAAUACUCGGUCAAAAUUUGGAAAUAUUACUGUUUUUGACUCGUGAUACAAAUUGAUUUUAUGGAGAUAUUUUACUUGUCAUUUUCUCACUUCCUUCUAAUGGCUGCAAUUUUCUGAAAAUAUAUUGCUCACAUGUAAAUGUUCUUUCCUGUUGAUGUAAUUAAUAAAAAAAUUACAAAUCAUCAUUUCUUUUUCUAGCAAUUUCUCUAUGUGAACUUAUACAUGACUGCUAAUAGUAUAUAUUUUUAUAGAUUUGUAGGAAGCUGCUUUUUUGAAAUGUGCCACUCUGACUUGAAUCAAUCUAUUGUGUAUUGCUUUUCUUAUUGAGAAAUAACUGUCAUUAUUUCUCUUAUUUUUUCUGAAUUUUAUAAUUCAGCAAUAUCUGAUUACAGAUGUUUUAAAAGGCUUAGAUUGUUUUACUUUUCUAGCCAGCAAAGCAUGCCAUUAUCUGUUUCUUUUACUAGAGUAUAUCUCCUAAUACCUUGGAGUGAUAAUAUUUGUGUCUUGUUAAUGUUUUGAAGAUGUGUUUUGUCAUUUAUCUUGAAGAGCCAGAUUUUUAAAUAACAUAAUAUAUAUAUAUAAAUAUAUAUAUUUGUGUGUUGUAAAGCAGAUUAUUAGGAAAUGAUGUACUUUAUCUUGUCCUUUUAAGUACUUUUUUUCACCAAGGAACAAUACUUAUUUAACAUACAUGCUUUCUAAAACUAUCUGGUUGUUGAAGAGCUCCUUCUUCUAUCAUCUGUAUUUCAAUUUCCUUUAGAAAAAGUAUUAAAGAAUUAUAUUUAUUUGAAGAUAUUUUAAUGUUUUGUUGAUCUGAAAUUAACAGUUUAAGGAAAAUAUGAUUGUUGAAUAAAUACUCCAUGAGUUGUAAUGCUGACAGAAAUUACAAUAAAGUCAUUUGUUAUUCUAAAUAUAGGGAACUUCUUAAUUUGCACAUUUCUCUAGAACUUAGCAGAGCCGUAACUAGGGUAUAUAGUAGUUAAAACUUUGUGCUAAGAUGUAAAUUUUGAAUGCACAUGAAGAAAGAAAACCAUUAUAAUCGCUAGUUAUUAUUUCACAGGAAUUAUGCAUCUAAAAUAUUUGUCAGAGUUUUAUCUUGUAAGGUAUUUAUUUUCAAAUUUAAAAUGUAUCCAUGUCUGGAACUAAGAAUUAUGCAUUUUGUAUAUACUACUGAGAAUAUCUUACAUUAAAGAAUUCUUUAAUAGCUUCAGCUAUAGAAUUAAAAAAUUCUUUAAUGUCUUCAGAAUGGUUAUAUUUUGAAAACAGAUUUUUCAAAAAUAUUUGUCAUGUUUUAGAAAUUUUUAGAUCGUAGGAAAUCUUGAAGCAAAUUAAAAUUGCAUUUAGUUAAAUUUCUCUGCUUCUAUAUAUCAGCUUUUGUUUUAAUUAUAUUUAGUAAUACAUCCUGCUGUAGAUGCGAUGGUUAGUAUUUGCUCCCUCCCCAGUUACGGCACUGAGUGCUUAGGAGAAUUAAAGCAAAAUGUUUUCACUUUGGUGGGAUAUUUUUAUGUAAUCCAGUGCAAAGAGUGAAUUUGUUGUAAAUAUAUAAUGAAUGAUUAUGUGUUUUGAAUGGUUGCAUAAAUUUGAUAUGGAAAUAUCUCCUGAUAUAAGCUUGCCAUCCUACAUGAAUAAAACUUUUCAUCUUUGAAGUUGCUGUGUUAUUUGAAAUUUCCUUCAUACAAGAUAAACAAAUCAUUAUUUUGCCACAAAUAAAUUUAACCAAAAAGGUGACUUAACCAAGCAUUAGAAUGCUUAGAAAGAUUAUGUCUAUCAUGGUACAGUACUUUUCAUAUGUUUGUAAUGCUCCCUUGUUCCUACUGUUUUUGUUGUCUCUCCCAAUUUAAGACAUCCAUUAUUGCUUUUUUUAUGCUAUUGUUUUAAGACAGAAAUUUGGGAAUUCGAAAACAAAAGCAUUAAGAGCAAAACUUGGCUCAUCCUUAUCGUAAAGAAUCGUAAGUCACAUGGCAGUAAAAAUGAAAUUAAAGAAAAUAAAAGUCUUGAUUCACAUGAGAAAAAUCGUGUUUGAACAUUACUAAGGUUGGAGUGAAAUACUAAGAUUGUGACGAUUUCUAUAGCUUCUUUAAUUUUAAGGUUGCUUGAUGUUUUUUGCUUUGGCCCAUUCAGUUACUAAGUUUUGGCAAAGUAUUUUCCAAGUCUGUGCUGUUUUUGCUGUCAUAUUUACUGACCUCUUUGUGCUUGGCAGUUCUUACUGAUAAAGUAAUGUAUUGAGUUUCAAUGCUUGAAUCUUCUUAAUGAACGUACUUUUGUUUGGUUGUUGUAUUGAUGACAACUUCAUCUCUGAAAUGCAGAAAUUUGUUGAUUUUGUUAGAUGAGUAUUUGUUGUUGGUUGUAUUUUGUCCCCCCUCCUUUUUUUCAGAUUAAAAUUCCUGGGCACAUAUUAAGUAAAUAAAGAUCUGUUUUAUGAUGCUGAAAUGAAUAUAUAAUUAUUGUCAGGUUGCUAAUGAAACAGACUGAUAGAACAGACGAUGUCCAGCUGAUGAAAAUGACGUGCUGCCUGUAAAAAUCAAACUUGAAUUAUGUUUAAACUUAGUAUGGGUUUACAAAAUAAGAUUAUAAUAAAGUAAAUUUUAAUAAAUAAGAUUAUUUUAUUUUCAAUUUAUUAAUCUACACUUUGAAUUUUUUUUGUUCAUCAUACAAAGUAGGUAAAAAUUUUAUGUGUACAAAAGGAAAAGAAAACCAUUUAGCAUAUAUUGAUAAAUCUUAUUGUACAAAUGUAUGUAAAUGUACAUGUAAUAAUUUUAUAAAAAAAAAUGUAUACUUUUGUUUUCAGUGCCUCAUGUCUGAAGUUGAAUAAAGAAGUAUGUACUUA